AUUACAUAAAAAAAGACUCUCAAGAGCCUUUCCCGACGAUCUUCAUGAGAGAUCGGACGAUAUGGACGAGUUUCCAGUGAGCCGCCCUUCCUCCUACACGACGGCUUAUGGCAUACUCAGAAAAUUUUCCAUCUGUCGUGAGCUUUUUUUUAUACUAACUUCUAUCAUGAAUAACAUGAGCGGAACCAACUAGGUGCUGGUGUUACAGGUUUGUCAAUAUUAAUGAGAUCAACUCUGGGCAUAAAAUGGUAAAUCAUGCCUGCCUUUCCCGGCUCUCUUCAUUUCACGCUUACCAGUUAUUUAAUGCUAACUUCUAUCAGACUCAGACAGGAGCAUUGAUAUGAUAUUCACAGUAUGAAGAUGUACGUACUACACAAGACAGUUUAAUUUUUCUUUGCCAUCCUCCCAAUCCAUAUCCACUUUCUCGUACGCCAACGCCUUUAGUUCUAAUUUUGUCCGCGUGUGUGUCUGAUAAGACGCGACUUGCCGUUGGGCGCAACAGUUGAUUUGCUCGUGAGCCUCGUUAAAGACGAGGUUAUCAAAAGAAGACGUCAGUUAGCGCUAGCCGACAUGCGAGGACAUCUGGACGCACUCGAGCUUUUCCAUACUUUUCCCAGGCUAGACGUCGGAUCUGAAGUGGAGACUCUGGUCUUGAGGAAAAAUAUGCCCAAUGUGGGAGAGGACAUUCUAACAACGCAAACGCUUCGCGAUGGAGAUCGUCAUAUUCAUAGUCAUAUUCAUGAAGGCCAUCAACAUCAUUCGCUUUCGCAUAGGGAUGGAAGCAAUCAGCAAGGAAAACAAGAACUGAGCCUCCGUGAACCCGAAGAGGAACUACAACAAGCAGAUGAAAGAGUGGAGGAAAAUUUAAGGCGGUUUCCCAGAUUUCAGUUCAACGUGUUGCUUCAUCAAUGAAUGUAGGCUACUUGGUAGAACAACUCACGUGAUUUCAUCUUUUGUUCACGAGACAUAAAGAUUCUUUGAGAGCUCUAAUAGUUAAUGAUCCCUCCCAGCUGGGAGACGAAGACGAAGAAAUGGGUGCUCAUUCUCCCGCCGCUCGGAGGUUCGCAACGCUGGCGGACCUGUCGAGAGUGUCCUCUACGGGGGGAAUAAAGCUGUUGAGUGUAGAAGGAACGCUCUUUGAAGCUCGCAGGCGGACUCCAAGGGUCCCAUAAAAGUUAAAGGUGCCGUUGCUGUAUUUGAUGUCCACGGAGAAGCAAGUAGAAAAAAACAUCCAUGCGGAUUGUCGUGAUUGCCAUACAGCUGAAUAAAUCGUGUACUAUCUAAGUCUCGUUCUGAUUUUUUUUGCGUAAGGAGAAGACGAAAAAAUGCCGUAGGAAAUAUUCAUACAUAAGUACAUCAGAAGCACUCAAG